AUGGAUGUUAGCAGGGACAAAUCCCUGGCCAACCAAUCAUCUGUAUCAGAGUUUCUGCUCCUGGAAUUCUCAAAAGUUCGGGAACGACAGAUUCUACACUUUGUUAUAUUCCUGGUUUUAUACUUGGCAACUGUAUUGGGGAAUCUUCUCAUAAUCUCUGCAGUUGUCUUUGACCACCGCCUACACAGACCCAUGUACUUCUUUCUGAUGAACCUGGCAAUGCAAGAUCUAGGCCAAGUUUCAGUUAUUAUCCCUAAAUCCAUGGCUAAUUCCCUAAUGAAUACCAGACACAUUUCUUAUUCUGGAUGUGUUGCUCAAGUACUCUUUUUUGUGUUCUUUAUAUCUUCUGAUUUUAUCCUACUCAUAGUAAUGGCAUAUGAUAGAUAUGUUGCCAUAUGCAAUCCAUUGCAAUAUCAGAUGAUAAUGAACAGGAGAGCCUGCACUGAAAUGGUUGCUACUGUAUGGAUCACUGCUCUUCUUUAUGCAGGUUUGCACACUAGCAGCACUUUUGCAACUCCUUUCUGCUCCAAUGUUGUCAGUCAGUUUUUCUGUGAAAUUCCACAGCUACUAAAACUGUCAUGUUCUAGCAUAAAUCAAAUUGAAACUGGAGUUUUGAUGUUGUUUGCUGUCAUUGGGUUAGGCUGCUUUAUAUUCAUUGUUGUGACAUAUGUGCAGAUUUUCAGUACAGUGUUAAGGAUGCCCUCUGUACAGGGAAGGCAAAAGGCCUUUUCUACCUGCCUUCCACAUCUCAUCGUAUUCUCCAUGUUUAUGGUCACAGGCUGGUUUUCUCACCUGAGCCUGACUACUAAUAAUACAUCAAAUGUGAAUUUGAUUUUUACUUGUAUGUAUUCCAUGGUUCCACCCUUGCUGAAUCCAAUGAUCUACAGCAUGAGGAAUAAGGAGAUGAAAGCUGGUUUGUCAAAUUUGGUAGGACUGAGGACCUCCUCUAUGAUUAUAUUAUGUAGCUUUCUUCCCUAA